AUGGCGGCCCCCUUCGAACUCAGUUGCUGGGGAGGUGGCUGGGGGCUCCCAUCCGUGCACAGCGAGUCCCUGGUGGUGAUGGCUUACGCCAAAUUUUCUGGUGCACCCUUGAAAGUCAAUGUCAUAGAUAAAACCUGGAGAGGUUCAAGAGGAGAUGUACCAAUUUUGACAACGGAAGACAACAUCGUUUCUCAGCCUGCAAAAAUACUAAACUUUUUAAGAAAACAGAAAUAUAAUGCUGAUUAUGAACUCUCAGCAAAACAGGGGGCAGAUACACUGGCUUACAUUGCUCUCAUCGAAGAGAAGCUUCUUCCUGCAGUGCUUCACACAUUCUGGGUUGAGAGUGACAAUUACUUUAGUGUGACAAAGCCAUGGUUUGCUUCACGAAUUCCUUUUCCCUUGAGUUUGAUCCUGCCUGGAAGGAUAUCUAAGGGAGCACUAAAUAGAAUUCUUCUGACCAGAGGAGAGCCUCCCCUUUACCACCUCCGAGAAGUGGAAGCUCAGAUAUACAGAGAUGCCAAGGAGUGCCUAAAUCUUCUGUCAAACAGAUUGGGAACAUCUCAGUUUUUCUUUGGAGAUACGCCAUCUACCUUGGAUGCAUAUGUGUUUGGUUUCCUCGCACCUCUUUAUAAAGUACGCUUUCCUAAAGUUCAGUUACAAGAACAUUUGAAACAGCUCUCCAACCUGUGCCGCUUUUGUGAUGACAUCCUGAACAGUUAUUUUAGGCUUAGUCUUGGAGGCAUCUCUCCUGCUGGACAAGAAACGGUAGACGCAAAUCUGCAGAAACUCACACAACUUGUAAAUAAGGAAUCCAACUUGAUUGAAAAGAUGGAUGACAAUCUUCGCCAAAGCCCUCAACUUCCUCCCCGGAAACUGCCGACACUUAAAUUGACUCCAGCAGAAGAAGAAAGUAAUUCCUUACAACGGCUAUCACCCUGACACUCAUCACGCUUUGUGUCCAAAGUCAUAUGAUUGUUGCAGUCAUCUCUUACACUACAUGUGUGAAGGCAAAAAGA